CGCCCUCGUUUAAUGGUGUGCACUGGUUCUCUCCUCUUCGCCUCAGUGUCCGCGCACGUAAAAAAGGGUAAGAGAAAACUAAAAUCGUUGAUGCUCCUGGACGUUGUGGAAAUGCCUGAUGUGCAGAAUUUACUCCUGUUUUUCCGUACAGUAAUUUAAAAUGUGCUCACUCAAAUGGUUUUACCAAAUGUAGGAUGGGAUUAACUUUGACCGGCAGAUAUAUCUCACUGUUUCUUGCUGUGCCAUUAGUGUAUCUGCUGGAGGCGGUGGGAGCUGUGGGGGCAUGUGAUGCCGUAUUUACAGGUUUUUCAGACUGCCUACUCAGACUGGGCGAAAAUAUGGUCAACUACCCAAAGGAGCUUGACGAGAGAGAAAACCUACAGACCAUCUGUUCAUACUGGGAUGACUUCCACUCAUGCGCCACCACCGCGCUCGCGGACUGUCAGGAAGGUGCCACGGAUUUAUGGGAAAAACUCAAAAAGGAAUCCCAUAACCUGGGAUUCCGUGGCAGUCUAUUUGAACUGUGCGCAGGGGCGAACGGCUCUGCUAGACCCACUGUCACGUUCGGUGUCAUGUUUUUUACAGCACUUUCACCCCCAGCUCUGGUGACAUGGUGUGCUUUUUAG